AACCUGCCACUUGCGGAAAAUUUGACCCCAGCUUUGAUCCCUCAUUGAAGCAUCGUAAAUUGUCAGUAAUUGAGCUGGAUAUUUCCAACAUGAUAUUUCCUUGGGUCAUUGUUUCGGCUUCCUAACUGUCGUAAUACUACCAACAGCUACGUCAUUGCGUCGCCCCGUUUGCGGCAACUUUAGCUGUAGCUCGACCUUUCGGUCAGUUACCUCUUCAUACACACAUUGCAUCAUAUCUUAGAUCAUCUUAGUCCAGUAGUGCUGCUCUUCCUUUGUUUUAAACCUUAACAGUCCAUGUCAAGGAUGGAUACCGCUGUGCAGCUGCUAGACACAUACAGGGGGCGCGACAAGGUCAUCAGGACGUGUGGGUACACCAUCCAACUCAUCGCGGGUCUCUUGCCCAAGGAGCACCAAGCCUUUUCCGACGUGUUGGUCGGUACAGCCUCGACACUGAGCGGCUCUAGAGUCGUCUUGAGGCUUUGCGAUGACAUCCCUAUGCUGGCGUACAACUUGGCGUACGGCCUAGGUGGACAUGAAGGAGACGAGUAUCUCCGUUGGCUAGGAGUAGCUAACAACAUCCUAGACCAACUGUACUAUCCGGUAGAGCACAUAGCAUGGGCAGCAGAUCGACAAAUCCUCCCCCCUUCUUUACAAGGCCUCUCGCUGUGGUGCCUCAAAAUCUGGGCAUGCUCUCUCACCCUCAACAUCAUUAGAUCUCUGCGAGCUUUGAUAAUCCUCAGACUGAAGAAACAGAACCUGGCAAGAAAACAACAGAGAGGAGAAGAUGACAUAGGUGAUGUUAAAGAGUCCAUGAAGACCCUGAGGUUACAAGAGUUCAACAUCGUGCUGACUUUAGUGGGGAGUGCCACUGACUUGGUCAACGCCAUAAACUGGAUGCCGCCUGGAUUUCUGUGGGCAGGAAAAAACUCGCUGGCAUUUACAGGUGUCAUGGGAAUGAUCUCUUCCUCCAUCGGUCUGUACCGUGUUUACGCUACAAAAAUCAAGCAAGCGUAAAAUGUUUGUAAUGCUGCCAAAUGUGCCAGAUGUUUUGAUUUAGUAAUGUAAAUCUAUUUAAGUUCAUGACACAUUAACUUCAUUUGUCACUAAAGGUUUAAGGUUGAAACGAUUGUCACAGUUAGGUUGAAAUGAUACAGAAGUGAUGAAAAAAAACUUGAUGAAAAAAACAUAAAUGGCAAUAAUUGAAAUUCAAAGAUUGAGAGAUUUAGCAUUUUAUCAAUGUGUGGAUGACAAAGGACAUACAUGAAUAGAUUUUACUACAUGUAAACAGGUACAAGGGCUGGUAGAAAUGAGUAUGAUGUUUUGAAUAUGAAGUCAUAUCAAUGACUACAAGAAAAUGUUAACUCUCGUACACUUCUCAUGUUCAUUACUGCAAUUGAUAAUAUAUGGGGCCAAUCAAGCAAUUUCUUCAAAAGGUAGUCAGAAAAAAAUAUUUUAAGCAAUUUUUAUAAUCAUGGUGCUUACCAGUAAUCAAAAAUUGAAGAGUUGUACAUAUUACUUUCAGGGGAUUUUCUCAGUGAAAGCAUUUUAGAUUCAAGGUAAGGUAAAUGAUAUGAUUUUAUGAGUUGGAAAAAACAUUUUGCAAGGUUAACAAUGCUUUCCCAUUUUGUUUUUACAGGCAGUAAGUAGUGAAAUAUGAAUGAAAUAUUACUGUCAAACGAAAUGACAUAUUACUGACAUGAACUUUGGUUGCAUCUUCAAUUUUUUUUUUGCCUUGAAAACUUAUAUCAAAUUGUGGGUAAUGAUAUGUGACCACAUUGAUGUACACAGUGUGUAGGGAAACAGUUUGUGCAAAUACAGUAUAAUCGAGAUUACUGUUAUACAGUUGUGUAUAUAAUUUGCAGACUUACAGUAAGUUUAGGACUUUGUGCAAUUAAAGACUUUAAUCUUAUAGACUUCAGGGAUUUUUUUAAUUUGACUGUAUCAUGCAUAACAUCAUUUUCUUUUAAUCUUUCUUAUUUGAAUGUUUCUGAAGAGGACAUUUCCGGACACAUGGAUUUAGACCAAAACCAUGGCUUUGGUCACUUAUAUGAUUGGUGGUUAUGCACUUAUUUUCAUAACAACCAUGGAGGUUACAUGUUUAACAGCAAAA